AUGUCUUCUAGCUUGAGAGCAAAUCUACCACUCAGCGUUGUCCAAGUUGUGGAUUCGUCUUCUUGGGUGGGAGGGGCCCUGGUACAGCUGGAGAACACUGUGUGCAAACCCAAAGCUGAUGACCUUGUGCUCAACUACUGUUGGAUCUGUCCUUUUGUCAGAAAGUUCCGGUCCCAGAUCCCUUCCCAAUUCUUUCUUACAGAUGUUUUCCUCUACAUGGACAAGACGUUCCAGGGUCGACUACUGAUACCCCAAGAUGCUGGUGAGAGUAAAGUAAGCCUAGCUACAGACGAGGCGGAGAAGGCAGCCCAACCAGCGGACUCAGAACACGAAGAAGAAGAAGAAGAAGAUGACCAAUCCGAUUCUCAAAGCCAUGAUGGUGACAGCCAGGGUGAUGAGUCGGGAAGUGACAACCAGGGUGAUGGGUUGGAGGGUGCCAAGGACGGUGAGUCAUCGGACAUGGAGUCGGCAGGUGAUCAGGGUUCGGAUGGAUCAGGGUCAGGUGAUGAAGGGGAGCCUGGACCUGGUUCACAUGUUGAUGAUGUUGAGCCCCAAUGCGAUAGCCAAGAAACUUUGAUUCUUCCUGGACGGGACCAGCAUGAAAUGGAUGACCAAGACCCCAUGGAGGUUGAUGACAGCCAACCCAACCCAGCUCCUACCCAAUCAGAGUCUUCUGAUUCCGACGUUGAGAGCAUCAACACCCCCGACCGCAAGAUUUCAUGGAAUGAGGAGUUCUUUACAACACCUAGGUUUGGAAACUCAGAGCCACGUCGCGCUGAAAUCGUUGAGAUGUGCAUGGCGUUGAUGCAGUACUUUGGAGCCAACCAUCCGGACAUUGUGAAGAGCCCCAAUGUGGUCGACUACAUGGACCAUUGUGAGUGGGCGUACGCACGAUUUGGGGUGAGGGCCACCAAUUGGCUAUCAACCAGGGACCAUUGGGAAGCCUGGCUAGCUCGGUACGAAGCCCGAGGAAACAAGGUGGGUAUAGCUCACACAAAAACCAAUAUUUGUUAA